UUUGUUGUUGUUGUUUUGUGUUUUUGUGGGUUUUGUUUUGUUUUUUUGUUUUGUUUUUGUGCAGCGAUUUUUGACAAGUUCUACUUUGAGGUGGAAGGCUUGAUCAUCAGCCCGGUCUUACCACUUAAGACCUGACUAAUGUCCCAGGGUUAUUUACAGUUUUAAGUGGGGGGAUAAAUGACACAUAAGGGAGCAUCUCAUUUUAUGAAGUGUCGUUAUGGUUUUGGGCUUGAAAGGUGGCUGUCAAAAGAGCAGGUGUGAAAAUUGAUUAGGGACCGUUUGGUAUCUCAUGUUUAGAGAUCCUUAUCAGAUUAUGGCGUCUGGGGGUCUGAUAGAGAAGCCAAGUACAGGAAGAUUUCUAGGGCAGGUCCCACCCUCUCCACCUUCCUCGCAUUCCCCUUUCAGUGAAGAUGGUCAUACUUCUUAGUGUCUUGGUACAGGAAAAGUUUGCCGUUUUAUGGGAGGGAAUCCCAAAUAUACUUAGUUGUAGUCUUGUCAACCUCUUAAAACAUUAUGUUUAUUAAUAAUAUACUAGCGAUCUGGAGAAAUUCAAUUUAAAUAAGGGAAGGUUGAAAACUGCAGAGAAAAUUAUUCUGAGCGUUCUCUUGGAUGGGUUUUAUUUGAAUUUAUAUGUAAUCUCACAGUCCAGUUUUUCUGUUUUCCCAAGUAUUUCCAUAUUUGGAAAGAAAGAAAUCUUAAAUGGUGAGGUAAAAUAUUUUGCGUUGAGUACAUUAAGCAACAUUAGAAAGAAACAUAACUCGGUUAAUUUUGGUGUUAGGAGUUUUGAUAAGUUCUGCUCUGUUUAACUAUUUAAAUAAGUUAAAACUGUAGUGAAGAAGCCAGUACAAAUUCUACUCUGCUUUUUAAAAUAUACAUUUUAGGCUAUAUACAGUAUAUGUCAUUUCUUAUAUCUAACGUCUGAAGGUAGAUGCUACUGAGCAGGCACAUCUGGUUGGAAAUGGACUUUAAAAAUAAGAGCAUUUCCCUAGCCUAUCACAAAAUAAGCAGAACAGCACUGCUUAUUUUUUUCAAAUAAAAUGUGCAUAAUUCUCCAGGAGGUUGUGCCUUGAAAGGGUUAGGUGUGGGAGGAUUGGCACAAGGUGAAAUUGUGAAUUAUGAGGUGCAAACAAUUAUACCGUAGCAUUUAUUAAAUGUUUUAUGUAUUGAUUUCCAGAAAGGCAAUAACUCUUGAUUGACAAAGGGUUGCAAUUUUGAAGAUCAUGCUUUUUAAAAAAAGUUAAAUACUUUGAUAUCAACUUGAACCUUUAGAAUAAUCAUGUAUAAUAAAUUACAAUUCCUGUGGUUGCCAAAGCUACACAUUUAGUGAGCAGGAUAAACAGUCAAAUUCCAAUCAAUUCAGUAUAACUUUGUCCUUGCAAAUGAUCUGCCUUGUGCUUUUUAAAUGUAGAACUCUGUAUGGGAGCAGGGGAUAUAAGCUUUAUUUUAGAAUAUGGAAACUAUUCUUCUGAUAAUGGAGACUUUGAUUUAGGAGUUACCUAAAGGGUUCAUUUAAUAGGCUGUCUCUCACUAAUCGGAUCAGAGAUAAUGUGAUUUUAUAGCUUAUUAUGUCCUCUUUUUUUUGUAGUUAAUAUUUGCCAAUGGACUCCAAAGAAUCCUUAGCCCCUUCUGGUAGAGAAGUCCCUAGCAGUUUUGUCCGUGAGAGGGGGAACUUGAUGGACUUUCAUAAAAGCCUGAGGGGAGGAGCUACCGUGAAGCUUUCUGCAUCUUCGUCCUCACUGGCUGCUGCUUCUCAGAAGGAUUCCAAGCAGCAGAGGCUUCUCCUUGAUUUUCCAAAAGGCUCAACUAGCAAUGCGCAGCAGCCAGAUUUGUCCAAAGCCGUGUCACUGUCCAUGGGACUGUAUAUGGGAGAGACAGAAACAAAAGUGAUGGGAAAUGACUUGGGAUACCCACAGCAGGGCCAAAUUAGCCUUUCCUCUGGGGAGACAGACUUUCGGCUUCUGGAAGAAAGUAUUGAAAACCUCAAUAGGUCAACCAGUGUUCCAGAGAAUCCCAAGAGUUCAGCAUCUGCUACUGGGCAUGCUGCCCCUACAGAGAAGGAGUUUCCCAAAACUCAUUCUGAUGCAUCUUCAGAACAGCAAAAUCUUAAAAGCCAGACUGGCACCAACGGUGGCAAUGUGAAAUUGUAUACAGCAGACCAAAGCACCUUUGACAUCUUGCAGGAUUUGGAGUUUUCUGCUGGGUCCCCAGGUAAAGAGACAAAUGUGAGUCCCUGGAGGUCAGACCUGUUGAUAGAUGAGAACUUGCUUUCUCCUUUGGCAGGAGAUGAUGAUCCAUUCCUUUUGGAAGGAGAUGCAAAUGAGGACUGUAAGCCUUUUGUUUUACCGGACACUAAACCUAAAAUUAAGGAUACUGGAGAUCCGAUCUUACCAAGCCCCAGCAGUGUGACGCUGCCCCAGGUGAAAACAGAAAAAGAUGAUUUCAUUGAACUUUGCACCCCUGGGGUAAUUAAGCAAGAGAAACUGGGCCCAGUUUAUUGUCAGUCAGGCUUUUCUGGGACAAAUAUAAUGGCUAAUAAAAUAUCUGCCAUUUCUGUUCAUGGCGUGAGUACCUCUGGAGGACAGAUGUACCACUAUGACAUGAACUCAGCAUCCCUUUCUGAGGAGCAGGAUCAGAAGCCUGUUUUUAAUGUCAUUCCACCAAUUCCUGUUGGUUCUGAAAACUGGAAUAGGUGCCAAGGAUCUGGAGAGGAUAACCUGGCUUCCCUGGGGACAAUGAACUUCCCAGGCCGAUCGGUGUUUUCUAAUGGCUAUUCCAGGUCUAGCUCCUCAACAGCAACAGGACCACCUCCCAAACUCUGCCUGGUGUGCUCUGAUGAAGCUUCAGGAUGUCAUUAUGGGGUAUUAACAUGUGGGAGCUGUAAAGUAUUCUUCAAAAGAGCAGUGGAAGGACAGCACAAUUAUCUUUGUGCUGGAAGAAAUGAUUGCAUCAUUGAUAAAAUUCGAAGAAAAAACUGCCCAGCAUGCCGCUAUCGAAAAUGUCUUCAAGCUGGAAUGAACCUUGAAGCCCGAAAAACAAAGAAAAAAAUAAAAGGGAUUCAGCAAGCCACUACAGGAGUCUCACAAGACACUUCUGAAAAUCCUAACAAAACGAUAGUUCCUGCAGCAUUACCACAACUUACCCCUACCCUGGUAUCACUGCUGGAGGUGAUUGAACCUGAGGUCUUAUAUUCAGGAUAUGACAGCUCUAUUCCAGACUCAACUUGGAGAAUCAUGACCACACUCAACAUGUUAGGUGGGCGCCAAGUGAUUGCAGCCGUGAAAUGGGCAAAGGCAAUACCAGGAUUCAGAAACUUACACCUGGAUGACCAAAUGACCCUCCUGCAGUACUCAUGGAUGUUUCUCAUGGCAUUUGCCCUGGGUUGGAGAUCAUACAAACAAUCAAGUGCAAACCUGCUGUGUUUUGCUCCUGAUCUGAUUAUUAAUGAGCAGAGAAUGACUCUACCCUGCAUGUAUGACCAAUGUAAACACAUGAUGUAUGUCUCCUCCGAGUUAAAAAGAUUGCAGGUAUCCUAUGAAGAGUAUCUCUGUAUGAAAACCUUACUGCUUCUCUCCUCAGUUCCUAAGGAAGGUCUGAAGAGCCAAGAGUUAUUUGAUGAGAUUCGAAUGACCUAUAUCAAAGAACUAGGAAAAGCCAUUGUCAAAAGGGAAGGAAACUCCAGUCAGAACUGGCAGCGGUUUUAUCAACUGACAAAACUGUUGGACUCCAUGCAUGAUGUGGUUGAAAACCUCCUUUCCUAUUGCUUCCAAACAUUUUUGGAUAAGAGCAUGAGUAUUGAAUUCCCAGAGAUGUUAGCUGAAAUCAUCACUAAUCAGAUACCAAAAUAUUCAAAUGGAAAUAUCAAAAAGCUUCUGUUUCAUCAAAAAUGACUGCCUUACUAAGAAAGGUUGCCUUAAAGAAAGUUGCAUUUAUAGCUUUUACUGUACAAACUUAUCAAUUUGUCUUGUAGAUGUUUUGUUGUUCUUUUUUUGUCUUGUUUUGUUUUAAAUACGCACUACAUGUGGUUUAUAGAGGGCCAAGACUUGGCAACAGAAGCAGUUGCAUCAUCACUUUUAAGUGAUGGGAAAGCAGACAGUGAAGUGUAUUGGUUGGUGUAUCACAGAAACUAAAAACAGUUACAUGGAGGUAUGUCCAGUAUCUCCACUAUCGGUGAAGGACCGCACCUAAACCACCAGUGCCCAAAGUCCAUGUGAUCAGCUUUCUGCUCAUACUUUCAGUUGGCUGGAUAAAACUUCUAGACUUUCUGUUGGUGUAUUUUCCCAUGUAUAGUUAGGGUAGCAUUUUUGAUUUAUGCAUGGAAACCUGAAAAAAAGUUUACAAGUGUAUAUCAGAAAAGGGAAGUUGUGCCUUUUAUAGUUAUUACUGUCUGGUUUUAACAAUUUCCUUUAUAUUCAGUGAACUAUGCUUGCUCGUUUUUUCUUAAAUAAUUUUUGUAUUCAAGUUAUUGUACAGCUGUUUAAGAUGGGCAGCUAGUUCAUAGCUUUCCUAAACUCUAAACAUUAAUCUUCUGUGUGAAAAUGGGUUGGUGCUUCUACCCUGAUGGCACUUAGCUAUCAGAAGACCACAAAAAUUGACUCAGAUCUCCAGUGUUCCUGUCAAAAGCUCUUUGUAUAUAUCUGCUUCCAUGGAUAAUUAGAUAGGUUGUGCAGAUUACCAUCCUAACUGGUGUAGAGCACCUACCUAGUACAGUGAGCCACUGGGUAAACUGUGGGUGAUGGUCAAAAAAAGACUAGUUAAAGACAGUAACUACUAAAAGGCCCAGUUUGUACCUAAUUCCCCUUCUCUACAAUGGUGAGAUGACAACAGAGUUUGUAAAUGAACUCUUUCAGGACCUUCUGGAAUGGUUUGUGUAACAUCUUAGCACUUAUGAUUCCAAGAUUGUGUGACAAAGCUGUAACUUUUCUUUAAAUUAGACCAAGUAACUUCUCUCCUUAAACUUUACCCCCAAACUAAUCUCUAAUAAGGCAAGAAUGGCUAGACACCCAUUUUCACAUCCCCGCCUGUCACCAAUUGGUCUAGCUUUCCUGGUGGUACAGGAAAAUCAGCUACUGAUUUUUGUUAUGUAGAACUGAAUGUCAGAAUCCGUGUUUGUCAACCACACAUCCAUCCCAACAUGUGCCAUAGCGUUUAACAGGUCUUGUGAACUUCUUCUUCACACUGAGAGUUAUCAUUGUAAACAGAACAGAAGCUGUGGUAGCCCUUUCUGUGUGCACCUUACCAACUUUCUGUAAACUCAAAGCUUAACACACUUACUAAGCCACAAAAAAAAAUUUGAUUUCUACUUAAGGUGGCCAAAUUAUUUCUGUAAUAGAAAACUGAAAGUCUAAUAUUAAAAAUAUGGAACUUCUAAUAUAUUUUUAUAUUUAGUUAUAGUUUCAGAUAUAUAUCAUAUUGGUAUUCACUAAUCUGGGAAGGGAAGGGCUACUGCAGCUUUACAUGCAAUUUAUUAAAAUGAUUGUAAAAUAGCUGUAUAGUGUAAAAUAAGAAUGAUUUUUAGAUGAGAUUGUUUUAUCAUGACAUGUUAUAUAUUUUUUGUAGGGGUCAAAGUAAUGUUGAUGGAUAUCCUAUAUGAUUUAUAGUAUGUGAGAGCAUCCAUACAGGCCUCAGUGGUCUUGGGAGUUAAAACUUGUUUGCUCUAAGAUAGGAAGAGGGAGAUGGAGACUGGCCCUGUGUGCAGUGGAGGUUGCUGAGGCUUUGACCCAGUCAGAUUACAGGGGAACUAAUUCCCCACCUCCCAUUUUGACCAUCCUUAUCCAACCUUGAUCCUGUCAGUGCAAGGUUAGUUUAUUAAAUCUCCCCUUGCACUAACGUACAUGGGCAGGACAGAAAGGUGGUGCUGAUGUAGUUAUAGGCACCAUCUAGUAACAGGGUUGUUUCACAUGUGGCCUCCCCACAGGUUAACAGGAACAGAGGCUUUAGAAGUUUGGCAAUAAUAUGAAUAGAGGUACCAGCAAUAUGUAAAUACUACAGAAUCCCAUAGGUCACCAAUAAUACACUAAUCCUUUCCAUCCUAAAAUAGUUUAUUUCCAACUAAAAUGAGGACAUGUUUAUGUUUUCUUUGAAUGCUUUUUGAAUGUUGUUAUUUUCAGUAUUUUGCAGAAAUUAUUUAAUAAAAAAAGUGUAAUCCUUUGCUUUUUGAAUUCUCUCUAAAAGGGAAUGUUCACUUUGUAAUGGUUUAAAUUGGUCUCAAAGUACUUUAAGAUAAUUGUAACCCAGCUGGAUGUGAAAUUUAAAGGUGCCUAAGAAAUACCACUUGAAUAUUAUCAAUGACAGUGUUAAGUUUCAAAAUGAGCUUCUCAAAAAUAGAUUAUUGUACAUUUAUGGAAUGUUAUAUGGUUAAAACCAGAAAGCACAUCACACAUAAAUCUGCUUUCAGUCCCAACCAGCUUGGCUUUCAAAAAAAAUACAACUCCAAAACUAAAAUAGAUUUGUUAUUACCAGAAGGCAACAGACACACAAAUUUAUUAUAGGAAGCUUUCCAUUAAAUGGCUAAGAGCUGUGCUCCUUCAGUAUGUGGGAAAGGAGAGCUAUCCUCAUUCUGAUAGAGUGUAGGUGAGAAAGCUAUGGUACUGUUUGAGAGUGGCUUCAAUUUCUGUGUGUGAUUUCAUACCAUUCCAAACUAUUUAGAUCUAUAAUAACUUCAAUGAGAGUUGGAGAAAUGCCUACAUGAUUCACAACAGAUCUUGAAAACUAUCUUUAAUUACUGGUAGGACAAAAAGGGACAUUCUGGGUAUUUUAGGCAUUGACUUGGGAUACUGUAUAAGCAGAAGUGAGAAGGCAGGAAGCCUAGGGAAGGGAAAGGAAUGCAAGCCUUCUGUGAGGAAAUACAAAACAAGCCAGACCAUCCCAAACGGACAAGGGACAUGUUUAGUGUGUGGAGUCUUUCACGAUGAGUGUAGGGUGAGCUCAAGUAUGUGGAGAAUCCAACCUCCCCAGCACUGCAAAGUAGGGCCAGGACAGGGAUGGGACAGGACGAGCAAUUCCAGAUGGACAUUGGUCUUCGUUUUUGCUCCCUCUUAUGUACUGUGAGACCAUAUCACCAUAGGAUAAACCAUGGUAUUAUGCUUGAUCUGUCAGCAUUCAAGGAUCAUGGUAGCCUUCAGUGAGCUUUUAGAUCUUGGUUGGUCACCCCAACAAUAAGCUAUAGUUGAAUGUGUUUCUUAUGUGUCUGGUUUCAGUGUUAGAGGGUAAAAUAAAAGUGUGCAGAAGACACUGAAAGCCACUUCAGAUAUAAGUUUUCUCAUUUUGCAGGCUUUCAGUCAGCCUGGUCCAUCAGACUUGAUGACUGGGUUUUCAGGAAAGGGUUGGCUUCUGUCUAGAGUAUGCCUGAAAGGAUUUUAUUUUCUGAUAAAUGGCUGUAUGAAAAUACCCUUCUAAAUAACCUGCUUAACUACAUAUAGAUUUCAGUGUGUCAAUAUUCUAUUUUGUAUAUUAAACAAAUGCUAUAUAAUGGGGACAAAUCUAUAUUAUACUGUGUAUGGCAUUAUUAAGAAGCUUUUUCAUUAUUUUUUAUCACAGUAAUUUUUAAAUGUGUAAAAAUUAAAAACCAGUGACUCCUGUUUAAAAAUAAAAGUUGUAGUUUUUUAUUCAUGCUGAAUAACCUGUAGUUUCGAACUGUCUUUUUAUCUCCACAGUGAAAUGUCAGACUGUAAAAUUUUGUGUGGAAAUGUUUAACUUUUAUUUUUCAUUUAAAUUUGCUGUUCUGGUAUUACCAAACCACACAUUUGUACUGAAUUGGCAGUAAAUGUUAGUCAGCCAUUUACAGCAAUGCCAAAUAUGGAUAAACAUCAUAAUAAAAUAUCUGCUUUUUCAUUA